CCGAUUUGAUGGUGUGUGUUGUUAAAUCAUUCAGGGAUGUCAUUUGCACGCAAUAGCACCAGUGACAGGGGCAGUAACAGCACAAGGAAGAAGCAGUAUGUUGGAGGACACUGGCUUUAGCUUUGUCAACUGUAAAGUCACGGGUUCUGGUGCUUUGUACCUUGGAAGAGCUUGGGGUCCCUUCUCUAGGGUUGUCUUUGCUUACACUUAUAUGGACAAUAUUAUCAUCCCUAAAGGUUGGCAUAAUUGGGGUGACCCCCUUCGUGAAAUGACUGUAUUUUUUGGGCAAUACAAAUGUAGUGGACCAGGGGCAAGUUUUGCAGGAAGAGUUUCGUGGUGCAGAGAACUAACUGAUCAAGAAGCUAAGCCUUUUAUUUCACUUAGCUUUAUUGAUGGCUCUGAAUGGAUUAAUUUUUAAAGAAAUAAAUUAUCUGCACUACAAAUUUUUCUCUUUCUUAUUUGUUUAUUUUGGCUUACUUUGUAAAAUCCAUGUAUCUUGUAGUUGUUCAGAGAGGCAUAGAGUAGAGAAGUUGUGAGAAUAAUGAAAAUUCAAAGACUAUAUAUAACACGAGUGUUGGAAAAGAAAAAGAAAAGAAUUUUUCAGCCUCUAUAUAUUCAUCAAAUUCAAGACCUAUAAAUGGAGAAA